AUGCGCCAGCCAGGGUUCACGUUCUCGUGGCCGUGGCUGUUCUUGGUGGUGCUGCUGUCGCUGUCAUGCACAUCCUCGCCUGCUGUCGCUGCUGCUGCUUCUAUCAGCCCUGUGGAUGGCGGCGGCAAUGGCCUAGACUCGCUCCGGCAGCCGCAGCAGCAGCUGCUGCAGCAACAGGAAGUAUUCGCCGCAGAGUCUCGACCUGUAAUAAGUGGACUGCUCGAAGACAAAGGCACUGCCGCCACGCUCGCAUCAUCGUCAUCAUCAUCAUCAUCAUCAUUGGCUCCUGAAUGCCCUGCGUCGAACUCGGCGACGGCAUUGCGAUCUCUUCAAGAUGCCGUGGACGUCAUGCAGCGCGAGCAUUUUGCCCUGUGGGUCGGUACGUGGCCUGCUGCGAUCGAGUGGACCGCUGCUGUGACGAAUGCGCAUCUCGUCGUCGCUAUGGAGUGCAUGAGUCGUGCGACGGUGGGUGAAUCCUCAACUCGUAGUCCAGAGGCAAAGGAUGUAGAAGUCGAGAAUCGUGAAUGUGACAGCGAGAAUCACUCCGGAGACGAUCACGUCGCUCGCGUGGACACGGAGAACGUAACUGCCUCCGAUGGCGUGCCCGUAGGUGACGAUAUCUGUAAUAGAGAUUCAACAAAACCACCAUCGUAUCAUCUGCCCUCUGCAAUGGAAGCAGACAAUGACUUCCUUUCCGACGGCCUCAACCACAACGGCGGUCCCCAUUCCACCCGCCACUCCCCCCUCGAAGACCAAAUCAACACCUACUACGCCCACACCACCGCCUACUACUUCGGCGAAGACACCUUCGAAGUCCGCAACAACGCCUUCGACGACAUGCUCUGGCUCGUGCUCGGCUGGCUCCAGACGAGCGCCUUCACGCGGGAGCACACGGCGCGGCACCAGCAGCUACGAUCGGCCUCUGAGGAAAUUUCUCACCCCGCGCGGUGGCACGGCCAGCAGUUCCUCGCGGCCUACGCGCACCGCGCGCGCAUCUUCUACGACCUGGCCUCCCGCGGCUGGGACACGCGCUUCUGCGGCGCCGGCGGCAUGCUCUGGGACGCGAAGAAGGAGCCCUUCAAGAACGCCGUCACCAAUCACCUCUGGAUCGCGGCCUCCGUGGCUAUGUUCUUGGGCUUUCCGGGCGACGCGAUCGAGGGGCCGUAUUCUCAUCGUCAUCGGAGGUGGAGGGGUUCUGAUGGGGAAGGGGAAAGGGGGGGAUAUGGUGGGAGGAGGAGCGGGGAGGGUAUGCGGGGAGAGGAGGAGGUGGAUCGGACGAGGUUCCUGACGAAUGCGAUCCACGGGUAUGAAUGGUUGUCGAACAGCGGGAUGAGGAGUCCAAGGACGGGGCUGUACAUCGACGGCUUCCACGUCAGCGCAUGGAAGAGGAACCACAGCGUGACGACGGGGGAAUGCGACAUCCCUGACCCGACCCUCUACACCUACAACCAAGCCAUCCUCCUCUCCGCCCAGCGGGACCUCCACCGCGCCACGGGCAACACGACUUACCUCUCCGACGGCCACGCCCUCGUCCGCGCCGUCAUCGCCGCGACGGGUUGGAACCUCGCGGACCAACGACCUCAUCCUCCACGGGAAAAUCCCACUUCUUCUCCUCCUCCUCCUCCUCCCGCCACCCUGUUAGGAAACCGGGGCAUCCUCGAGGAAAGCUGUGACCGCGCGGGAAAGUGCAACCAGGACGCCCAGGCGUUCAAGGGCGUGUUUUUCUCGCACCUGAGGCAUUUCUGCUCCUCCUCCUCCUUCGACGAUGACGACAACGAGAGUGAUGACGACGAGGGAUAUGACAGCAGCCAGCACCGCCAAGACGACUACAACAAAGACGAGGGAACCCCUCUCCUCCUCCACCACCGUCGUCGUUGUACCGAAUACACGCCCUGGGUCCGACAUAACGCCCGCGCGGCAUUGCGGAGCAGGGACGCCGAGGGGAGAUUUGGGGGCUGGUGGGGUGCUGCUGAUGAUGAUGAUGAGACGGCGGAGGGGAGCAUCGGGAAAAAUCCUCGCGGUGGUAAAGAUCCCAAUGAUCGCGGGCGAGGACGGACCUUGGAGACGCAGGGGGCUGGCGUGGCGCUUUUGGCGGCGUGGUGGGAGUUUGAAGGGUUGUGA